AUGGAGGCGAUCGACUCGGUGCGCGCUCAGACCUAUGCACCGAUCGAGCUGAUCGUCGUGGACGACGGGUCGACCGAUGGAACCUCGGAGCGGCUCAGUGGGGAGCCCGGCGUGCGACUGCUCCGUAUCGACCACACCGGCUGUCCCGGAGCGGUACGCAACGCCGGCGUGGCGAUCGCGACCGGAGACCACCUGGCCUUCCUCGACUCCGACGACCUGUGGAUGCCGGACAAGCUGGCCGUGCAGAUGGAGCUGCUGCGCGGGCGUCCCGAGGUUCCGAUCGUCCACUGCCGGGAGCACUGGGUGCGCGGCGGCCGGACGGUGUCGCAGGCCGAUCAACGCCAUCGGCGCGACGGCCGCCUGUUCGCGGACGCGGUCCGCAAGUGCGUGAUCGGACCGUCCACGGUGGUCCUGCACCGCGCCGUCCUGCGGGAGGUCGGCGGAUUUCGCGAAGACCUGGAGAUCGCCGAGGACUACGAGCUGUGGCUGCGGGUGACCGCCCGGUUCCCGGUCGCCUAUUGCGACCGGCCCCUGGUGACCAAACGCGCCGGCCACGGCGACCAGCUAUCGGAGCGGUACGGCCAGAUCGAGCGGUUUCGCAUCGCCGCCCUGGCGCCGCUCGUGGCGGCCGACCGUGCCUGA